AUGCACAAACUCAGCGUCGAGCUGAUGGAAAAACACGGCCCUUUUGUAAGAAUUGGGCCGAGCACCCUGAUGCUGACGCACCCGCUUGCCGUACCGGCACUACACGGCGUCGACUCCAAAUGUACCAAGGCAUCCAUGUACGAUUUUGAACAGCCAAACCGGGGCAUCGCUACGCUCGACCGUGCCGUGCACGACAAGCGCCGCAGGGUUUGGAGCCGCGGGUUCGGCGACAAAUCGCUCCGGGGUUACGAAACACGUAUACAUGUUUUUAUCGAGCAGCUUUUGGAUCGGCUGUCUUGUGCGCAAAAGAACGCCCAGCCGGUCGACGCGACGCUCGAAACGCUGCACUUCUCCUUUGACGUCAUGGGCGACCUGGGCCUCGGCCAGGCCUUUGGCAUGUUGCAGCAUGGCCGGCGCCACCCUGCCGUCGCUCAAUUGAUCCAGGGGAUGGAGAUAAUGGGUCUGCGGCUGCCGACAUGGCUGCUGCGGCUCAUCGUCGAUGUCGCUCAGUCGCUUGUGCCGACCGAGGCCAGUACGGGCUUUCUUAGCUUCUGUUACGACAAGUUGGACGUCUUGAUGAAAGAUGCUAAACGGUUCGAGCGGCCUACCCUUAUGGCGUCAUUGUUGGCCCAUUACGAAUCACUCCCCGAGGCGGAAAGAGAUUUGUCAGUUGUGCGAAACGAUUGUAGAUUUAUUAUCAUUGCCGGCAGCGAUACCGUAGCUGCCACCCUGGCUUUCAUCUUCUUCUACCUGGCCCGGUACCCAGAGCACGUGGAGAAGCUGCGUGCCGAACUAGCCCUCCUCGACAAUAGUGACGGCUUCUUCAACCACAGGGACCUCCAAAACUGCGCUCAUUUCAACGCCGUGAUCGACGAGACGCUGCGACUGCACCCGCCCGCAUCCACCAUCAUGCGGCAAACCCCUCCUGGGGGGAUUAAGGUUGCUGGAGUGCAUAUUCCCGGGGAUAUUACUGUGUUUUCUUCGCAGUAUGCCAUUGGGCGGAGCGAAGCGGCGUACGAGGCCGCCGCCGAAUUUAUUCCAGAGCGGUGGACGACACGGCCGGACAUGGUGAAAGAUGGACGUGGGUUUGCGCCUUUCUCCAUGGGCCAUUACAGCUGUAUAGGCAAACCCCUCGCUCUUAUGGAAAUGCGCAUGUGCGUGGCCGAAGUCAUUUCACGAUAUAAUUUGCGUUUUGCGGAUGGGUUUAACCCUGAUGUGUUCAUGGAUGAAGUGAAGGAUUGCAUGUCAUGGCACUUGAACGAGCUGCCACUUAUUUUCGACGCUGUUUAGCAUGAGUAAAAAGAAAUGCGGAUCCCGG